GUUGACGCCCUGCUGAGCUAACAUCACCUGUGAAGUUUGUAUGGUUAGCUUAGCCACCAAGGAGCCAUGAAGCAACACAUUCACUCAUUUAAAAAGGUGUUUAGCCACACGAAGACUGUAUGUCCAACAUAUAAUCUGACUUUUAACUCUUAAUUUUAUCUCCAGGGAAAGAAAUAACGACUUUUUAAGAGCUAAUUGGCAACACAAUAUUCAUUCACUAGCUAGUAGCUAGCUAACCGUCCAACCACCGGAAGUAGCUCGGCAGGUUAGCUUAUGAUGCGUCAGGAAAUAUACUUCUGCUCAGGUGAGCAUCCCCAGCUGUACAGGAGGUGAGGGUCACUCACCUCCGACUCCUCCCCCCUGGCUCCAUCCCUGCUACCCAGCUGCUUCUGCUGCUAUCUCCGAUGGCCCCGAGCAGGCUGACCAGAAAUGUAGGAGAGGGGGACGGAGUGGGAGGCUUUACGCCAAAGAGAAAGAGAGGGGCUGUGACACCGCUGGAGGGAAAGAUGCCUUAAAGAUGUCGGGUCAGAGGGACUUCAGGAUGGAGAGAUUCUGCUUUGGAAUAACCUGAAGAGGACAGCAAUGAAGGAGGGGUAAAACUGUGGAGAGAAAGAAGCAACAAAGAUGUACUCAAUCAGAAGCCUGCCCACCGUGGCUCACCGGAACCAACGAGAGGAAGAUGGAGUUGAAGAUAUGACACAGCUAGAGGAAAUGCAUGAAGGUGUUGUUCUGCUGAACCUGAGGAGAAGAUUUGAGAGGGAGCUUAUUUAUACCUAUAUCGGUAGUAUUCUGGUGUCUGUGAACCCCUAUAAGAUGUAUAACAUCUAUGGGACGGACAUGGUGCUGCUGUACAAAGGUCGUGCCCUGGGAGAAAACCCUCCGCAUUUGUUUGCCAUAGCAAACGCUGCUUAUUCCAAAAUGAUGGAUGCCAAACACAACCAGGUCAUAAUAAUCAGUGGGGAGAGCGGAUCAGGAAAAACAGAGGCCACCAAGCUAGUCCUUCGCUACUUAGCAGCAAUUCAUCACAGAAGCAACAUUGCACAGCAGAUCGAGAUACUUGAGGCAGCUCCUCUGCUGGAAUCUUUUGGAAAUGCCAAAACUGUUCGAAAUGACAAUUCCAGUCGCUUUGGGAAAUACAUAGAGGUCUUUCUGGAGGAUGGUGUGAUCAGUGGUGCCAUAACCUCUCAGUAUCUGCUCGAAAAGUCACGGAUUGUCUUCCAGGCCAAAGAUGAGAGGAACUAUCACAUCUUCUACGAGAUGUUGGCGGGUCUCCCCUCGCAGCAGAGGCAGGCUUUCUAUCUUCAAGAGGCUGAGACCUACUAUUACCUCAAUCAGGGAGGGGAUUGUGGGAUAACGGGGAAGAGUGAUGCAGAGGACUUCCUGCGUCUACGCGCUGCCAUGGACAUCCUGCACUUCACCCCUGAAGACCAGUCGGCCAUCUUUAGAGUUCUUUCUUCCAUACUGCACCUCGGGAAUGUCUACUUUCAGAGACAUGAGGCUGAUGGCCAGGAGGUGGCGUCAGUGGUGAGCGCACAGGAGAUCAGGGUGGUGGCAGAGCUGUUGCAGAUCUCCCCAGAGGGACUACAAAAAGCCAUCACCUACAAAGUCACAGAGACAAUGAGGGACAAGAUUUACACACCACUGACUGUGGAGAGCGCAGUUGAUGCCAGAGAUGCUGUUGCCAAGAUCCUUUAUUCGCUGCUCUUCCACUGGUUAACAGAGAGGAUCAACGCUCAGGUGUACCCCCGCCAACACACCGUCUCCAUCUCCAUCCUGGACAUUUAUGGAUUUGAGGAUCUGGCCUUCAACAGCUUUGAGCAGCUUUGCAUUAAUUAUGCCAACGAAUAUCUGCAGUUCUUCUUCAAUAAGAUAGUUUUUAGGGAGGAACAGGAGGAGUACAGCCGGGAACAGAUCCCCUGGCAGGACAUCCCAUUCAGUGACAACCAGCCCUGCAUUGACCUCAUUGCCGCUAAGCCUCAUGGGAUACUGAGGAUUCUGGACGACCAGAGCUGUUUCCCGCAGGCGACAGACCACACGUUCCUCCAAAAGUGUCACUACCACCACGGUAACAACCCGCUGUAUCUGAAGCCAAAGAUGCCCCUGCCAGAGUUCACCAUCAAGCACUUUGCAGGCCGAGUUACCUACCAGGUUUACAAAUUCCUCGACAAGAACUAUGACCAGGUGCGUCAGGAUGUCCUCGACCUUUUCAUCCAGAGCAAGAACAAGAUGGUGUCAAACCUCUUCCUGGUUCACGCAGAGGUCACAGGUCAGCAGAGAGGAGGUCACAUGAGGAAGAGCAGCACAGCCACCAGAAAAUAUCAAGCUCCCACCGUCAGUAACAAAUUCCAGCAGUCCCUCCUCGAGCUGGUGGAGAAGAUGGAGAGGUGUAACCCUUUUUUUGUUCGCUGCAUUAAGCCAAAUAACAUGAAGCAACCAGGAGUGUUUGAGGACGAGCUCGUCAGCAGCCAGCUGAGACACUCAGGGGUCCUGGAGACCAUCAGGAUCCGCAGAGAGGGGUAUCCUGUCAGAAUGCCAUUCUACGUUUUCCUGUUCAGGUAUAAAUCCCUGGUGGGUUUACGAGAGCCUCCAUCACCGAACGGAGAGAACUGUGUGAUCAUGCUGAGUAAACUGUGUCCUCUGAGACUUGGAGCGUACCACGUUGGAGUCACAAAGCUUUUUCUGAAAGAGGACAUCUACCAGCUGUUGGAGUGUAAACGGGAGCGCACCCGUCAGCUUGCUGCUCUCACGCUGCAGCGCUACACCCGCAUGUUCUUCGUCAGGAAACGCUUCGUGACUUUCCGCAUGAGGAUCAUCCGUAUGCAGGCGCAGUGCCGAGGCUUCCUCACACGGAAGCGCUACGUGAAGAUGAGAGAAAGUCUGGUUCGCUUCCGCUCUCUGGUCCACAUGUACGUCAACCGCAAGAGAUACAUCAAGAUGAAGUUUGAAGCCCAGAGAAGAGCUGAUGAGGAGAGGAGGAGGAGAGAAACGGAGCUGACCAGGAGGGAGGUGGUGAACGUCACACACUUGGUGAUCCCUGCAGAGCUGGGCGCCUUGCUGCAGGUUGCAGGAGUCAGGAGGGAGCUGCACUCAGACUGUUUGGCUCUGCUACAGGCUCCUCACAUCCAGGAGCAGGCUCAGCUCACUCUGCCUCUGGACAUCAACAACUACCCGUUCUACCGUUACGUACAGAUCUACUUCAGGGAACCAAAGAUGGGGAUGCUGAUGGCUCCUCUGGAGUCGCCUCUGACCCGGGUAGAGGAGGACCUGAAGGGGGAAGCUCUGGAGCUCUUCAACAUGGUUCUGCGGUUCAUGGGCGACCCUCACCUGAACGGGGCACAGGAGAACAUGUUCGGGAACUACAUCAUCCAAAGGAGCCUGUCGUCUCCAGGGUUACGGGACGAGAUCCUGGCUCAAGUCGUCAACCAGGUGUGGAGGAACAUGAACUCUGAAAACGCUGAGAGGGGCUGGCUGCUGCUGCUGGGCUGUGUCUGCAGCUUUGCCCCGUCUUCAAAGAUGGAUAAAUAUCUGCUGAAGUUUGUAUCAGACCACGGCCCUGCUGGCUGCCAGGCGCUGCUGCAACACAGACUGAUCCAAGCCAAUCAGAAGACACAGCUCGGCUCAGGCUCCGCCCCUGAGACUGCUCGGACCUAUCCUCUGUCACUGCUGGAGUGGACGGCCAAUAGAAAGAAGGCGAACAUGGUGUUGCAGAUGCACUGUUUUGAUGGAGGAUCAUUCCUGUGCCCAGUUCACUCCUGGACCAGCGGAGAGGAUCUAGCAGGGCACAUCCUGCGCCACAGGGGAGUGUCCGACUGGUGGAGGGGGAGUUCGGUUCUGAUGAAGGAGCACGGUCAGUGGGUGGAGUUAGCGGGUCAUGACUAUGUGAUGGACCUGGUCGCGGACCUGGAGCUUCCCACUGACUUCCCAAAGCAGAAGAGCUACUUCAUCAUCAGCAGUGACGACCCGGCGAGAGUCCGAGCCAACGCCAGUCUAGCUCUGUUCGGGAGUGGGUUUGACUCAGAUGAGGAGCUUCCUCUCAGCGGCAGACCGGCCUACAGUCUGCCUGACUCAGACGGUUACUUCAGUCAUGUAGAGUCUGAUGCCUUCAGUGACAGUCAGACCCAGAGGGGAAUGGACCGUUACCUGGACAGCCUGUUCGACCCCGUCCUGUCCGACAGCAGCAUAGACAUGGACAAGUCUGGAAGUUUGUCAGCGAGGAUGAAGGGAGGAGGAGGUGUGGGCAUUGCAGGAGGGGGAAGAGGAGAAGGAGGGAAUCACACGACCUCCGGGCGGCCUUAUCCACCAGGAAUACAUCCCGGAGCUGUGCCAGUGCUUCCAGUGGCAGGAGGGAUGAUGCCACCGAUCCCUGCCAUGCCAAUCCCCUCCCACCACCAUCACCUUGAACAGCAGCAACAGCAGCAACAGCAACAACAGCCACCACAAGAACCUCAACCUCAACCUCAACCUCAACCUCAACCUCAACAACCGCAGCAGCAACAACCUCAGCAUCAGUACCACCAGUACAACCGUCCUCAGCAGCCCUACCCGGGUUCUCCUAGCACCCCAGCUGUAGCACCGACCCCGUUACCCGUUCGCUCAACUCCCCCUGAGAGAGAGGCUAGCGUAGCACCCCACGUCACCCAUGUCCCCACACACCCUGCCGCAUCUGUGGUACCAGGCUUACCUGUGAUGACAGGGACGGAGCAGACAGUCCUGACCCAACAGCAACAGGCCAUCAUCAACCAGCAAGCUAUCAUCCUGGCUCAGCAGAUGACCAUGCAGGCCAUCGCCAUCCAGCAGCAGAUGUUGUCCUCUUUCCCCCCUGUUGCUCCGGCCCCUCAGUCGCCACCUUUACAGCAUUAUUAUCAAACACACCAGCCUCAGCGCUCUCACAUGUCCAGCCCGACUAAAGACAUCGAAGAGUCGCCGUACAAGUCCGCAGCCGUUCAGAGGAAGAUGAGUCCGACACGUGGAUCCCCUCACGAAAAAGUGGUCCGAUCCAGCCCGAGUAACGCCGAGCGCAUCGACCCCAGCCACGACAUCAAGGACAUCAUCAAACAGCAUCAGCCUGCAGCCACGACCACGUCUGCUGGAGCUGCUGCUCAAAGAAAGGGUGACGGGAAAGUGUUUGCAAAGAAGCCGGACCCGCAUGAUGAAGCAAUGGAGAUCCUCAAAGAUCAGAUGGCGAACCCACCACAACCGAGUCAAAGAAAACCUCAAUCCUUCCACCGUAAAGAAGAGGGCGGACUAAAGGUUUCCAAAUCCAUCAAGUCUCGCCCAAUGGGUCCGGCCAGUUCCAACAUAAGCCCCGCCCCUCCUCCAGUCUCCAGAGAGUUACCGGUGGAGGAGGAGAUCAUUCAGACUCAGCUCCACAGCAGGACCAGCGAUGAGUACUACACGUACUCCAACGUGCCCUGGAAACUCUACAUGAGGAAAGAGGUUUUCUAUCCAAAGGAGACCGUCAACAACCCGCUGAUCCUGGACCUGAUCUUCAGACAGGUUGUUCAUGAUACCUUCUCAGAGGCCUGCAUUCGCAUUACGCAGGAGGAGAGGCAGCAGAUGAAAUCCUUCUUUGCUGAGAACAGGGUGGAUCAGGUUUCAGGAACACAUGACGAGAACGUGAAGAAGAAAGUCGCCGCCAUCGCCAGAGACUCAUGGGAGAUUUACUUCUCCCGCCUCUUCCCCGCCUCUGGCAGUGUGGGAACAGGAGUGCAGGUGCUGUCUGUGUCUCAUAAAGGCAUCAAGCUGCUGAAGAUGGUCAGAAGCAGCUCUGCAGCUUCAGACUACUUCAGAGUGCUGAGGCCUUACAGCUACUCGGACAUCCUCUUUGUUUCCAUCCCGUCUAAAAACAUGCUGGAGUUCAACCUGACCAAUGAGAAGCUGAUCCUCUUCUCUGCGAAGGCGCCGCAGGUCAAACACAUGAUCGACCACUUCCUCACAGAGCUGAAGAAGGACUCAGAGUACAUGGUCGCGGUGAGGAACUACAUCACCGAGGACAGGAACCAGCUCAGCUUCCACAAAGGUGACAUCAUCAGACUGCAGCAUAUGGACGGGCUGGAGGCGGGCAAACAUUACGGCUGCAUAGUGAGGAAGAAGGUCAUGCUGCUGGAGGAGCUGAAGAGAGAGACUCCAGAGUUUGGUUGGCGUUUCGGGGCUGUGUAUGGUAAAUCAGGAGUGUUUCCCUGCGACUACGUCCGUCCCGUGGCUGCUCCAGACUUCCUGGUUCUCCCGGCGGAGCGCGUGGAGCCUCGAGACCGGCAGGGACGAGUGGCUGCGUCUGCGGCUAUUGCUGUGGCGAUGGGCUCAGCUGUAGCUGCUCAUGAGCUGGACCUCUCCAUGGAGGUCGUGAAUGAGAUGUACGGAGACGGCAUGAGCACAGAACUGGAGGAUCUACCUCUGCACAGCAGCCAGUACCACAUGGUGGAGUUCGCCAAGAAGUACUUCAGAGAGGCGCAGAGGAACAGAGGGGACCAGAAAGCCAAAAAGGGGAAGGAGGGAAGGGACCCAGCUGACAUGGUGAAAUUCUCAAAGUCUCCUCUCCAAGAGUCUCUCAUCGACUUCUCUGACAGCGGGAUGAACAGACUGGCUGCAGACAUCUUCUUAGCUAUAAUGAAGUUCAUGGGAGACUUUGCACUGAAAGGUCAGACUGAGCAGGACCUGGUCACCUCCAUACUGAAGUUAAGUGGUGACCACGGUCUGAUAAAGGAUGAAGCGUACUGCCAGGUGAUGAAGCAAGUCACCUCCAACACCAGCUCCAAGCCGGACAGCUGUCAGCGAGGAUGGAGGCUGCUCUACAUCUUAACAGCUUUCCAUCGCUGCUCUGACGUCAUGAAGCCGUUUCUGUUGAAGUUCCUGCAGGAAGCGUGUGAGACUCCCGGGAUGCAGUACCAAGGUAUCGCUAAGGCGUGUGAACAGAACCUGAGGAGAACUUUUCAAUAUGGAGGACGGAGUCAGUAUCCCAACAGCAUGGAGCUCAAAGCGAUGCUGGCUGGACGGAGCUCCAAGAGGCAGCUGUUCCUGCUGCCGGGGGGGAUCGAGAGGCACCUGAAAAUCAAGACGUGCUCUGUCGCUCUGGAUGUCAUCGAGGAGCUCUGCUAUGAGAUGGAACUUCACAGGAUGGAGGCUCUGGAUGAAUACGCUGUCUUUCUGGUCACUCACAGAGGUCAGAAUGUGCGUCCUCUGAACAAGCGUGAAUACAUCCUGGACAUCGCUACAGAGGCAGAGCCGGUGGACGCCAACUACAGUCUGUGGUUCAGGAGGGUCAUCUGGAGUCUGACUCUCAAACUCGACAAUGAACUCUACGUCACCAUGCACUACAAUCAAGUGUUGCCAGACUACCUUAAGGCCUUGAUGAGCGUGGUUCCUCAGGGAAAGGCCAGCGAUCAGCAUCUGCAGCAGAUUGCCAGACUGUCUGCCUUACAGCACCGUGCCAAGGACACCAUCUACCUGCCCACCCUCCGUGAGGUGCAGGAGUGUGUCCCCCCACCGUUCUAUGGCAAGCAGGGUUCACAGCCGUGGCUGAACAUGACGACUCAACACAUGCAGCAUGUCCAGCCUUUAAAUCCACACCAGGCCCGUGCUCAGUUCCUUGGUUUGGUCAGUGCCUUCCCCAUGUUCGGCUCCUCCUUCUUCUACAUCCAGAGCUGCAGCUCCCCCUCCAUCCAGGCGCCCUGCAUCCUGGCUGUCAACCUGAACGGACUGCACUUUCUUAACAAGGACACCCAUGAAGCCACGGUGCGUUUCCCUCUCAAGGAGGUCCAGUCGACUCGCACCCAGAGGCCGACUUCAGGCUCCAGUUAUCCGUAUGUAGAGAUCAUGAUCGGGGACCUGCUGAACCAACGUAUCACACAGCUGCAGCUGGAGCAGGGUCUGGAGCUGUGCCGAGUCAUUGCCAUGCACAUGGAGAACUUGUUGUCCGUCAGAGAAAAGAGACUCACUCUACCGCCCAGUGAAAUCACGCUGCUGUAGUGCAAAACUGAACAUCAGCAUACAGAAACAUCAUCAUUUAUUAACCAUACAUGCACUGUAUCUACCUCUAUUUGAAAAUGGAACAUUUUGAUAUGUAAAGGUGAUGAUUGUUUGAUAAGAUGUGGGUGGAUGAGGAUGAUGUUAAUGUAACUUUAUAUACUUCUUUGAUUGAUUGGUCCAUGGGUCGGGGUUAGAUGUUACAAAUAUUACAAUUACAGUUCCCCACAGCCAAAGUUGUUAACAUUAGUUAUCCUGUUCUUUCCCACUAAAGUCCCAAACCCAAAUAUGUUCAGCUUACUAUGUUAGAAGCAUAAUAAAACAGCACAUAUCUACAUUUCAGGAGCUGCAACAAAUCUAUUCUGAGACGUUUUGGCCUGAAAUGUUAAAUUGAUAAAUCAGGGAUUAUGUAUAUGAAGAAGAAGUUUUAUUUCCAUUUAAAUUUGAACAAGAGAAUUAAAAAGGGAAAGAAACAAUGCUGAAGGCCACAUCGAUGAACUCUUUGCACUAAUUCAAAUGAUUAUUUUUUACUAUAAACAAAUAUAUAUUUUGUAAAUAGAUUUUGUACAUACUAUUCAUGUGAAAAGUACAAUAAAGUUUGUAGUAAUAUA